GCCACCGCUCCAACGGCCACGCUAUCUUAAGACGUUAUCAGACGCCACGUGAUUGCAAACAAACGCCCGCUUUCGUAAAGCCUAGCUGCGCAGUGUCCAGUGGAGCCUUGACAUUGCCAACCCACCACUUCCACUGAUGGCCGCCACGCGUGAUCUCAGACGCCGGGCUCUGCACCGAAUGACCGACUCGGUCCGCGGCGUCAAUUGGCGCCCGACGCUAUUCGCCGACGAACUGACGUUGAAUCGUUACGCCUGCUGCGUCUGCUACGUUCUUCCAAGCACAACGUUCGUGCUUCCCUGUUCGCACGGCUUGUGCGGGCAGUGCCAUGCUGGCUGUGUCGUCGAAGAGGGCGGAAGCGUCUGUCCCGUGGACGGAGAGCCCUUCUACGAGGCCGAGUGUCAAGAGUUGCAGCUGCCGGCUAGGAAGAAGCAGGGCCUUAAGGCCUAUUGCUGGAAUGAGCCCUACGGCUGCGAUUUCGUCGGCCCCCUGGCGGCGCUCCUGGAACACUACGAGGAAGACUGCACUUUCCACGUGUCCCCUUGUGAACAGUGCGGCGAGAAUAUCCUGAAUGACAUGCUAGCUGCCCACUACAUUGGUCGGUGCAACAACAGAUUGUCAGAUGCGGCACCCGACGAGCCUGCGCCACGGAGCGACUCCUCCGUCACUAGCGAUGACAUCGCUGCGGUUCGGCGCGAAACCGACGAGAUAUUGCUAAGCAUGCAAGAGGAGGAAAGGAUCACCGCGCUUCAGUUGUCGAUGCAAGAGGAGGAAAGGAUCACCGCGCUUGAGUUGUCGAUCGACAAACUCACGGCAGUGGCCGCAAACAUAGACGCUCGGCUCGACGAGACAGAGGAGCAGCUUGAGAAGCUGGAAAUGAAAAGUUAGAUGCUAGCCCUGUGACUAUGCAUGACGUGGCGCCAGUCGCCGAUACAUUUUCUAUGACAACCGGCUAUGCCUCGCAGCUGCAACAGCACAUGCUUAUUUUGUUACUAGAAUAAAGUUCCAGGCCACUAGAAGGUGAGACUACAGCCGGAAUAUGUCCUGCUGUUUUACGGAAGCGGUGGUGGCAGUUGAUGAUGACCAUCCUUCGGAAUUGGAAAUAUUUUGCGAUUUGCGGCCGCCUCUAUAGAGCACAUACUCUCCCAAAUAGAGGACGUACGGGUACCGACAACGUUGUAGUUUCGGCUACAGCAAACAAAGAAAGUAAAAAAAAACCUGUAGAUGGCAGGAAGUUGUGGCACUGCGUGCCCGUCAUGCAUUGCGAAUGAAAUGGGCUGUCGUCUACGGUCGUAUUAAACACCGACUCAAUGAGUGAGUGGAAGAAAUAUACCCCUGUGCCUUGGCUGCGACAUCGAUACGUAUGACUCCCAGUGUAUUUUAGCUCAGGGCGUAAGAAUAAUAAAAAAAUGUGGCAGCUAAGACUCCAUAGGAAGAGCGAGCACGGAAUUGGCAAGGGUCUAAAGCACGUCGUUAGAGUAUGAAUAUUGCACAGGGGUAGUUCUUUCGAUUUGACACAAAGGCAAGUCGAGUUGGCACCAUCAACAGGAGGCGUAUGACGCGAACAAGUGUUACCGAAGACGGAUCAGAGCCAACGCUUGAUUGGAAUCGCCCCACAUGAUUGACGGACAGCACCAGACUUGGCUCGUCGUGCGCCGACGCUUCUUCGACUCUCGGAGUGUGAUGCGGACUGUUGCCGCUCGAUUUCUCGUUGGGUUGCGAACCUUUCAUCGUCACCUUUUUUAUGACAUUGUUUUACUCUUCAUGAUCAUUCAUAGCAUACCGCGACAACAUUGGUGGCUUGUUGGAAGCCGUGUGAACAAAUAAACAACGUGCUGAUUGA